AUGACCGACGCGCGCAGACCACGAUCUCCCCAGAGUCAAGACUUGUCUGUCAGACCUGACAAGAAAACGCGUCUGGGAUCUGCGUCGCCAGCUCGUCCCGGUACACCAGUGAAGGAUGAACCAAACACAAAAUCCGGGGGGAAAAACUCUUCUCGGAAGAAGAAGCAGAAGCAAAAACACACCCUUCCGGAGCCAUACACGGCAGAAUUUGUGGUCGCGACAGAUGUUGCCAAUUUGCUUGGACAGGAAACGGUGGAUGCUGCUGUAGCCGAAGGAUCAGAGUGGAGCAGUCCCUUCCAACACCGUGAGGAGCUCGAACUCACCGUAUCUGCACUGUCCUCAAGUGGCGACUCCCUCUCCGUUGUGCCUUCAAAGCCAUGGGUCAUAGUUACCCCUCUGGCAUUGCCUGGUGAGAAAAUUCGUGUGCGGGUCUACCGGAGUGCUCGCUUGUACUCCUAUGCGGAUUUGCUCGAUGUCAUCACACCCAACCCGGAGUUCAGGGAUAUGUCCCGCGUGCAAUGCAAGUACUUCGGCAAAUGUGCCGGAUGCCAAUACCAAAUGCUUUCUUAUGAGAAACAGCUUGAUCUGAAGCGUGAUGUCGUGGUCAAGGCGUAUGAGCACUUCUCAGACCUCUCGCCUUCAUCGGUUCCGACGGUACCAAUUACCAUUGGUUCUCCAUUGCAAUAUGGGUAUCGCACGAAAAUCACGCCUCACUUCGAUGCACCUCCCAAGAAGCUGCAAAAGUCCGCCGACAAACCGCUUGUGACAAUUGAAAACAAGCCCGACUGGGUGAAAAUCGGUUUCAAUCAGAUUGGAACACGGCAGGUCAUGGAUAUCGAGGACUGUCCGAUUGCGACGCCCACCCUGAACGAAGCUCUCCCGCCACUUCGCAAGAACAUUAUUGAGCACGCAUUUUUGCAACCGUCCUCUGAUCAAGCUGCUGCAUCCGAACUCAUGUCUUCUACAAAUACUGGGCAUACCUUGGAGAAGCAUGUCUGCGUCACGGACCAUAAGGCAACAGUACGCGAGCGGGUAGGAGACAAUACGUUUGAGUACAUUGCUGGGUCGUUCUUCCAAAACAACAACUCGGUCCUGCUCCCGCUCACCUCCUAUGUUCGCGACGCGAUCUUCGCACACCACCCAUCUGGCCCCACUGCACCUCCGCGCCCGACGCAUCUCGUCGACGCAUACUGCGGCAGCGGCCUCUUUGCCAUCACGCUCGCGCGCUCCUUUCAAAAGGUCGCCGGCAUCGAGCUCUCCGAAGACUCCAUCCGCUGCGCGACGCGCAACGCGCAGCUGAACGACAUCCCGCCCGACCAGUGCUCCUUCAUGUCCGGGGACGCUGCGAACAUCUUUGCGACGGUACAAGACUUCCCGCGGGACCAGACGGUGCUGAUCAUCGACCCGCCGCGCAAGGGGACGGACGCGAAGUUUAUCGACCAGCUGCUCGAGUUCCAGGGCGCGCUCGUGGUGUACGUGAGCUGCAACGUACACACGCAAGCGAGGGACGUGGGCACGAUUCUGCGCAAGUCGGAGGCGAGGGGCGGGCGCCGGUACGUGAUGGAGUCGUUGGUGGGCUUCGAUCUAUUCCCGCAGACUGCACAUGUAGAGUCAGUUGCGGUAUUACGCCUGGUAUAG